AAAUUCGUUUGUACCUCAAUUCUUAUUAUUUAUUAUAAUAUUUAUUAUCUUAUUCUACAAUUUUUUGGUUAAAGACUGAAAGUUCAACAACCAUUUAAAAAACAUUCGAAAUAUGUACAGAGGACUUGUUAUUUUGAAACACCUCGCAUGGAAUGGAAUUGGAUAGUGGAUAUUAUAAGACGUUAUAAAAAUGUCACCGAGUAUGUCGAUUUGAUAAACGAUUUUUCAAAGAUUACUUACCUGAUAACAGUUUUUAUAGCGAUGAUACUCGUUGUCACUGAUUUCGUCUACAUGUUUCAAUUAUUUAAAAAAUCGGAAAAUAUAAUCUUAAUAAUGGAAUGUAUUUUUUACAUUGCUGCAUCUACAAUUACAAUAUAUAUUAAUUUUUACUUUGGGCAAAAGCUGUUGAAUUACAGCAACGCAGUUUUCGAAGAAUUGAGUAAAAUUCCGUUCUACGAUCUUUCGAACAAAUAUCAAAAGUUACUGUUAUUUGUACUAAUGAGAUGCAGAAGGCCAUGCGUUAUUUCGAUCGGUGAUAUGUUCGUGUCAUCGCACGAAUCUUUUGCUGCGUUAAUUCGAAGAGCAUUCUCCUUUGCUACGGUAUGUUAUAAUGUACAAUAAUUUUAUAUCAUUUUCGAACGAUAAAAAGACUAUAACUAUUAAUAUAUUUGUAUGUUGAAGACUUAAUUUGUUUUACACAAAUUCAAUUUUACUCACUUAGAUAUAAUAAUAAGAUUGUAACGAUGGAAAUGUAUAUAUGGCAUUAAUUAUUUGUUCCGUGUAAGAUUUUAUAAUUAUAAUAUUCGCCUUAUUUUUUUUUUUUAGAUAAUCUUUUGUAACAUGUAUGUGCAAUGUAUAUUGUUAGAGAACUACUACGUUAGCAUAGAACAUUCGACACAUUGUAGUAACGAUAAAGUCAAUUACUCUUUAGUAAUAAUUUAACAAUCUAUCUUUUCAUCAUUGAGCUGGUUUUCUAGACUGUAAUACGGGAACACCCUUGACAACAAUUGCAAUGCAAAAUGGAAUUUACUUACUUGUAGUAAAAAAUAGGAUGACAACAAUGAUUGAAACAAGCUGUUUUUUUGAAUCAGAUUGUUUUUUCCCUUACUUCUCAAUAUAGUAUCAUAUAGCAUCGUUUACUUCAAUAUAAUAUUAUAUAUUUCUCGAUAAUAAACUUUUUCGAAUACAUUAAUUUGGCAUCACCACGUUUUACUUGACAUAUAAAGAACAGUGAUAUCGAUUAAGUCAAUUACACUCGCUAGUCGCUGUAACGAUGUCUUAGCCCCUUCUUAAGCAAGUGUUCACGACCGUGGUCGGAGUACGAAUGAAAAGGGGUGGAGUCAAUGGAGCCUAGUGCGCAUGUCGCAAAAUAAAAACUGAGAGAUACAUUUUCCCUCGUUCUAUUGAUUGUAACAAUCAUUUGUCUCUCAUAUAUAUUAUCACCUAUGUUAGUCAUAUCGCAAAGUGUUUACAUUACGAAUGUAUAAAGGGGCGAAACAUCUUUACAUUACAUUCUAUGGAUUAAAUUAUUAUAGUUCUACUUUCGUACAUAACUUUGACAUGCAACAUACCGUGCUACCGUUUGUAAUAGAUGCCAAUUAGAAUUUAUAAUAAAAUGGUAGAGGGGAAGUUGUAUAUUGAUUACACUUCAGCGUAACAGAAGUUCCCAAUAAUAAGACAGUUCACAAUGACUCCCAGAGUUCGAAGCUUCUACGGAGAGCAUUUCUUUUUUUCGAAUCGAUUAGUUCACAUUCUACUAGCUUUACAUCAUGACCAAUAUUCAAAGAUUCGAUUGAUGGUUUUUUUAAUAAUAAUUGCUUUCUUUUUUGUUGGGUCUGUGCAUAAGGUAAGCGAGUCUUUCUUAA